AUGACCGAUUCACUAAAUCCUCCCCUCUCGUACGAGGCUUCUGCUACGACUACCCAUCGCCAUGUUGCAACCACUCUUCCGCCGGAGGUUUCGUCGUGCCUCAAGAACUCCCGCUUUCUUCAUCUAGCAACAUGUGAUGGCCUCACCCCACACAUUUCCCUUAUGUCCUACACGUUUCUACCCUCUACUCCCUUCGAUCCGUACCCCACGAUCAUCAUGACCACCAACUCUUCGUCUCGGAAAACCACCCACUUACAAACCAACCCCCGGGUUUCACUACUGGUACACGACUGGGUGUCACAUCGUCCGCCUACGCGUGCUUCGAACACCGGCAACACUCGCGAUGGGUCGCCUCCGCCCGCCGCAACCCGGUCAUCUUUGGCUAGCUUGCUAUUGAAUCUCAACACGAGUGCACUAUCUAGCAUCUCCACCACUAUCACCGGAGAAGCUCGCUUUUUGGAGCCCGAUUCUGAGGAGGAAACCUGGUGUAAGGACAGGCAUUUGGAGAACAACACGUUCGAGGAGGAAAUGAGCACGUUCGGUCAGGUACCGCCGCCCGGUCAGCGCCGGCCCAGUCUCUCAAUUGACGAGGAUGUUCGGGUCGUCACUGUCCGAGUGCGCGAGGGUCGGCUUGCUGAUUGGAAGGGAGGUGUGCGAGAUUGGCUCGUUGUCCAGGAAGGCGAAGAGGUAUCCGGCGAGGCCGGAGCGAACGGUGUCGUGCUUUAG